CAUUAAACCAAAAUAAGACGAUGACGUCACAUCAGUGCGACACAUCAACUGGCUGUGAGAGAAACACAAAAGUAGAGGCGGCGAAGUUAAAUCUGACGUUUGUUUGUGGCUGUAUUUUGACUGACUGUCGCCGACAUGUCGUGUUUUGGUGGUGAUCCCAACUUCUGCCCAGAGUGUGGAAAUGUUCUUCCUCUCCCGGGGAUGCAAGACACAGUCUGCUGUCCCCGCUGUUCCUUCUCCAGACCUGUAACAGCGUUUUCAGGUCGAGAAAUUCGCUCUACAGUGGUCUUCAAUCUAGCGGACAAGUCUUCUGUGCUUCAGGAGAGCAGUGAGGACUCUGAAAUGAAGGGGCCUGUGAUUGACAGACGUUGUACUCGCUGCAACAAAGAAGGCAUGAUUUACCACACCAGGCAGAUGAGGUCUGCGGAUGAAGGCCAGACUGUCUUCUUCACGUGUAUACACUGCAGGUUUCAAGAGAAGGAGGACUCCUGAGAAGAUUCCAGUGAUCUCCAGUGAUGCAAGAUAUCUCGUGGCCAUUCACACCAUUUCAGUUAUUUCUCUCAUCAUCCUUUUCAAAUUAAAAUAUUGUAAUAUGCUAAA